GCUUACCUUACCACUGAAUCCUUUUGCGGAUGCGUGUAUAAGGAGUCGGAGUCUGGUAUUUAAAGCCUUCAUUGAGCUGUUUGCUGCGCGCAAUCCAACGACAUCAAGCUCGAUUCUUUUGCUGCCCAAGACGACUCACAUCAAGCUCAAUCGCGAAACAUGGAUUCCGCCGUGGACAUGGCCGACAGCUCGCGCGCGCUGGAUCUUUCGCGCAUCCGCUUCCAGCUCAUCCGUCUCGAAGACACAAUCACCUUCCAUCUCAUUGAGAGAGUCCAGUUUCCUCUAAAUAAGACCAUCUACACGCCAGGAGCUCUUCCCAUCCCUGAUAGCGGCCUGAGCUUCUUUGAUUAUUACUUUUCGCAACAAGAGAAGCUUCAAUCUCUUAUUCGCCGUUUCGAGUCACCCGACGAAUACGCCUUCUUCCCAGAGGCUAUCCAAAAACCCCUGCUAAAGCCUCUCAACUAUCCCAAGAUCUUACACAAAAACGACGUUUGCGUCAACGACAAGAUCAAAGACUUCUACAUUGAAAAGUUCUUGCCUGUUGCGUGCCCCAACUUUGGCCGCGAAGACCGGGGAGAGUCUCAGGAAAACUACGGCUCGACGUCCACUUGCGAUAUCGCUUGUCUACAGGCACUAUCCAGGAGAAUCCACUUUGGCAAAUUCGUCGCCGAGUCCAAGUUCCAGUCGGACCCUGAGCUCUACACACGGCUGAUUAAAGCUGAGGAUCGGGAGGCCAUUGGCGAGUCCAUCACCAACAGGGCCGUGGAGCAGCAAGUGCUCGAUCGCUUACGUCUCAAGGCGGAGACGUACGGUAAGGACCCGUCAACGUUGGGAGGAAUAGAGCAGCCUGUCAAGAUCAAUGUAGAUGCGGUGGUGUCCAUGUACAAGGACUUUGUCAUUCCAUUGACCAAGGAGGUGGAAGUUGAGUACUUGAUGCAGAGGCUCCUACCAGAAUAGUGGGGCAAAUCAAUAGAGCAAUUCAUUAUUAUUGUCUUCACUGCGGCGCAGCUAUAUAGUCACCAACGGCCUUGACGGCCUCCUUGAAUUUACCCGCCUCAAUGAGAAUCAUGUGCCCAAAUGUUUUAAUACCCAACUCCUGAAACGCUCGCUUGCUAUCUGCCACCGCAUCAUCUUCUUUCGUGUAUCGGAAACUGCCGUGUGCUACUGCGUAUUUCUGUAGAAUCUCAUCCUCGGGGUGGAAGUGGUAUGUCGACGCCUCCUCCUUGGCCUUUUUGCGCUUUCGGUCUUCCACAUCAAGGGUGGAUUCAACCUCCUGAUACGUCCUGGAGAAUACCAGGUAGUAGGAAAAGUCGUAUGGCUCCUUAUCUUCCAAUGCGUCUUCCACCUCUUCAACCAGCAUGGUGUACAGCGGAGGCGCGAUUUCGGACGGCAUGUUGAUGAGCCGCUCUGAAAAGACGAGGCCAACGGGCUUUUGUGCGUUGAUGAGCUCGGCCACGGCAGAUAUUGAGGGGUUGGUCUGGGCCUUGUCCGCCAGGUACUUGAGAAUAUCCUUCAUGGGCUCCUUCUCGCGAUGUUCAUAUGUGUUGAGGACCGUGAGCAUGGCGUAGGCAUCGUUGGCCUUGCCGUCGACUUUGACUGUCGAGCCAAUGGUCGGUUGUGAUAGGAUAAGGUCUGACAGAGCAGACAUGUUGAAGAGGUUGGCAUCGACAUCGAAGAGCUGUCGAAGUAGCGAUUUUGUGCCGUGGAAAUCGAUUUCGGGAUCGAAAUUGAACCACUCGAAAUCAACAUUGACCAUGUCAAAGUCCUCGUCAUCGCUGCUGUCCUCGUCCAUGCGAUCAGCGCCGCCAUCUGCCGGAGGGACGUCCUUGGCCUCUUCUCUUGACCUCUUUUUGCCCAUUGUGACUUGUCUUUAUGUUUUGCGACUUGGAAACUCGGUUAUGCGCGCGCGC